GUUAACUUCAGAGAAUGCAUUCCCUUCUAUCAAUAUAGAUAAUCAUUUAUUUGUUACAUUUUUAUUUUCUAAUGUUAACCAAAAGUAAYAGGGACGAUUCGGAAUGAAUGGAACAUUCCAGAUAAAUAGUUGGUUCUUUCCAGCUCAGCUCCGCUCUGACUGUGGGAUGUGCUGAUAGCUUUGUGUACAGCUAUUUUUCUACACAUUUUACAUUUCUUCUAAGGUAGAGGGGGGGCCACCAGACGGCAUCAUGUCGAGUAAAAGGGCCAAGGGGAAGAACACCAAGAAGCGUCCCCAGCGGGCCACCUCCAAUGUGUUUGCCAUGUUUGAUCAGUCUCAGAUCCAGGAGUUCAAAGAGGCUUUCAACAUGAUCGACCAAAACAGAGACGGAUUUAUCGACAAAGAAGAUCUCCACGACAUGCUCGCCUCAUUAGGUAAAAAUCCUACUGAUGAGUACCUGGAGGCCAUGAUGAAUGAAGCCCCCGGCCCAAUUAACUUCACCAUGUUUCURACCAUGUUUGGAGAAAAGCUGAACGGCACUGACCCAGAGGACGUGAUCCGCAACGCGUUCGCCUGCUUCGAUGAAGAGGGCACAGGUGUGAUCCAGGAGGAGUUCCUGCGGGAGCUGCUCACCACCAUGGGCGACAGGUUCACCGACGAAGAAGUGGACGAGCUCUUCCGCGAGGCGCCGAUUGACAAGAAGGGCAACUUCAACUAUGUAGCUUUCACACGCAUUUUAAAACAUGGCGCCAAGGACAAGGACGAUUAGUGGCGGGGGAUGUGCCCUGUUGAGGUUCAUGCUGUACUCCAUUUGCAUUUUGAAACGGGUUAAUAUUUUAUUUAGAUCAGCUAUAUCCUUAGUUUGGCUCAUGAAAAAUCCUCUCUGUGGUAUAUAGCCUGUUGAGGGUCAUGUGUUUAAGCUGCUUCUUGGACCUCUGGGUCCCSUUCUAAUCUUUAUUUCAGAGCUCAUUUUGCACAUCUUUGACCACAUUUCAGGGUCCAAUUAUGUAGGAAAGGACCCUCGCGGAGAAARCUGGAAACAAACUGACACGAGGUGUUUACUUAAGACUAAGUAACUUGUGUUUUUGUAGGAAUGUUUUGACAUUAAAUUGUGUUCUGAGACCAGUGA